UUCAGACAUUCGUAUUUAUAUAUCCGAAUUUACACUUCAUUUAUAUCAUUAAGGUGUUCAGGUGCUCUCCUGUUUCAUUCCAUAAAGAAUAUUUCCAUGUGCUGGCCGAUCUCAUUUGUCGGCUGUGGCAUAAAUAAUUUGAAGCGAGUGACAAACGUCAGCGGGUGACAAGCAGUGCUCGCUAGCAUUUGCUGAAGAGGAUGCGUGGGGCAGCAAGUGCGAGGCGCUAAGCGAUGCUAGCGGUGCUGGUGUUGGCGUGGCUGGCGGGCGCGGGCGCGGCCCGGAACGGCAGUCGCUAUGCGUUCUACCGCAGCAUGGAGCGGGGCGGGCGCGGCGCGGGCGAGACGCGGCGCGUGUUCGGCGGCGCGGCCACCACGCUGGGCGCCUACCCCGCGGCCUGCGUGCUGCUGGACCGCUACUGGACGGCGCGCUGCUCCGCGGCCGUGGUGGCGCCGCGCUGGGCGCUCACGGCGGCGCACUGCGUCUCGCCGCACAUCGCCUACGUCAAGUACAACGCGCGCCGCCCCUCCUCUCCAGAGGGCGACGUCUCCGCCGUGCACUACCUCUACCGGCACCCGGGGUACCAGGUGGUGCAGGAGGACGAGGGCCGCGGCGUGGACGUGACGCUGCUGCACCACGACGUGGGGCUGGUGCGCACGCGCAGCGACAUGAGCCUCGCCUCCGCGCCCAAGCUCGACCCUAUGGCCGCCAUGCGCCUCUAUAACCCCGUCGACUUGAAGAACGAGGAAGUACAGGUGCUGGGCUACGGGCGCACGGAGAAGUCGUCGCUGGGUGAGGAGCUGUUCGAGGUGCGGCUGCGGCUGGUGUGGUGCGAGCGCGGCGCGUGGUUCCACUGCGUGUGCGGCGUGGGCGGCGCGCGGGCGGGCAGCAGCGCGCGCGGCGUGUGCUCGGGCGACUCGGGCGGGCCCGUGCUGUACCGCGGCGCGCAGGUGGCCGUCACCUCCAUGGGCCCGCUCGAGUGCGCCGGCGCGCGCCUCGACCCCGCCGACGGCGCCACCAGCGUCUUCACGGCGCUCUACAACUACGCGGACCUCAUCAACGCCACCAUCUACGACACGGAGGCGGCGCUGCGCAUGCGCAAGAUAGGCGAGAGCGCCGCCACCUCGCCACGACUCGCCGCGCUCGCGCUCGCCGCGCCGCUGCUCGCCUGGCCCGCUCGGUAGGCCGACUCUACGAGUCUGCUCAAACAAU